CUGGCUUGCUGUAUAGUAAAAGUAAUCCUCAUUAAGCUACGUAGCAUUUCGGGGACAAAGUCCGAGUACUAGUGGUAUAUUUUAUUGGUGCAAAUCAGUGAACUGAUGUCAUUGAAUAAUCUCGGUAACGGAAUAUUGAGCGUUUCCUAAAGCUGCCUGGCUUCUGAGAGAGGAAAGGACCCCUCUUUUAUUUUACGUUCCAAGUAUGAAGUUGUUAGUACGCCAUUAGUAUGUGUUUCACAUUAUGAGGGCAGGUGUUCCUCAUUUUUGAGAUGAAAGGUUGAGAGCUAUGGACUGACUGUACGAACUACUUUUUUUGUUAGGAAAAAAAAAAACUGUCCCUGUACCCAUUUUGUUUAUCUCAAAAGUUUAAACCUGAAAAGUCAGACGUUUGAGAAAUGGCACCACUGCUGUCCAACAUGUUGCUAGUUCCAACGCGUGUGAUACUACGUUUGUAUUCUUUCUUAUUCUGGGCUGUGAUCUAUAGCCUCUCCUCCUUGUCCGUGGGUUUUACAGCACUACGUCUUGCAUGGCCAGUAUGCACAAAACCCAAGAAGAUGUUCAGCUGGCAAGCUCGGAAGACUGCACCGGACUGCCUAAGUGACACUUCCCUUGGAAUGCAUCACUACAUACAAAUAAAGGAUUCUGGGUUGCGAUUUCAUUAUGUGGCUGCUGGUGAAAAGGGUAAACCAUUGUUGUUGCUGUUACAUGGAUUUCCCGAGAUAUGGGUAUCAUAAAUGCAUCUUAGGAGGGCAUGACUGGGGUGGAAUUCUUGCCUGGAGUUUUGCUGUUUAUCACCCAGAAAUGGUGGAUAAAUUGAUUGUGAUGAAUGCUCCACAUUUAACAGCUUUUAAAGAGUACCUAUUCCGUCAUCCAUCUCAACUGCUGAAAUCCAUCUAUAUCUUCUUCUUCCAGGUUCCCAAACUGCCUGAGCUUGUGAUUUCACUUAACGACUUUUCGAUGUUAAAGGAAGUCAUGACAGACUCGCAAAGAGGAAUUCGAAGUAAAACGCAUCAGCUGACAGUAGAGGAUAUUGAGGCUUAUUUGUAUGUUUUUUCUCAGCCUGGUGCACUCACUGGACCUCUCAACUAUUACAGGAAUAUAUUCAGCUCUUUUUCAGCCAAGCGCCAAGAUGUCACAGUGCCUACACUGCUGAUCUGGGGGGAGAAGGAUGCAUUUUUGGAGCUGGGAAUGCUGCCAUACAUAGAACAGUAUGUACAGAAACAGCUGCAGAAGUAUGUGGUGCCAGAGGCCAGUCACUGGGUGCAGCAGGACCAACCUGAAGUUGUCAACAAACUAAUGUGGUCAUUCUUGAAACAAAAAAUUAAGUAAAACUGUAGUUAUACUGGACAUUUCAAAACCAAGGGUCAUAAAAUUUAUUUCCUAGCGCUGCAUCAAGGAAAUAUAAUGGGACCACCUGCAGAGUAAAUUCUGUAUUAAUAAUCACCUGGCAUUUGCAUUCUUACAAGCUUUGUGUAUUUUUUACCCUUUUUUAGUUGGAAAAUUGUUUAUUUCCUUGAGUUUUUUUUAAUUGAUUGCAAAGAUUUCAUUGGUUUUGAGUUUAAUAACUGCAAUUCGGAGUAGUAUAUUUUCAUUAAGUAAGAUCAUGUGAGAUGCUGGGAACAGACACUGAUUUAAUAGAUUUUUAUACAUUUUUAUACAAAAGUGUGUGAAAUGCUUUAUUGCACAUUGUGAAUGUUAAUAUCUGUUUUGUUUACAUUGAUAUACAUUUUAGAUCAAUUUCGUAAUGACUACAAAUUGUAUAGGAACUAUUUUAGUAAAUUAAAAACAGUCAAAAAAGUAUGAAUUAAAGGUGCAGACUCGCAAGGCUGUAUUAGCUUUUGUAAGCAGUUGUGUGUGUAUUGUAUACCCAUUUGCACCUUAAUCUGGAAUGUGUGCAGGUUUUGAGCUGCCAUUCAGUAUGUUUAAGCAACUGAUUUCUGAAUAUAAUGAACCUUAGCAAUGUGCAGUACUUGCUGCUUACCUUAUGUUCUUGUUUUAUCUCAUUAGUUUUUUGUAGUACAGAUUUAUGUCAACAACAACAAAAACAGCAUACUUCUCAAGUAUACCUCAUUAUGAGGAAUGCUCCUCAUUUUGACUCUUAAAAUACCAUUGUUCCACAUUGAAAGAGUCAGUCACACAUUCAGUGUUAAGAAUAUUUUAACUGAUUUGCAUGGUAAGUAAUACUGAAUCAUAUUAAUUCAUCAAAAGAAUCCUUAGUAAGUAUAAAGUAACACAUUUUAACUGUCCUGUUAGCUUCAUAUUUGACAUUGUUAGUGUGCUGUUAGUAAGUGUUCCACAUUUUGCCCAUUUGUUCCACAUUAUGAGAGGUAGUGUGCCACAUUCUGGAGAAGGAAGGUUGAUAGCUAUGAAAAAACAGAUUUCUUUCUGAUUGCUUUUUGUUCUUUACCACUUUUACCAAAAUUGCUACUGUCACGUUUAUAUAGCAGUACAGCUGUCAAAAUGAUAAUUACAAUUUUUGUCGCUUGCAACAGGAAAAUUCAGUUACUGUUUUUGUCAGCUCUUGUGUUAUGUUGGAUGCUGUCCAUUCCUGACUGAUAUGUUUGUCUUUAUAAUACAUUUCUUUCUGUUGGGAAAGGAAUCAACACCACCAUGUGAAUUGCAGUGAUGUGUGAAGAGAAGAAAAUGUUGAGACCUUGCAGACAGCCUUUUCUGAUAAAUACAAUAUGUUAUCUUUUAAGUGAGUUGGGACAGAAACCAUAUGGAAUGCAACAUGACUGUUAAAAGCAUCUUAAAAUGUUUAUUAGUUAUUCAUCCAUUUAUUUGUACUUUCCAUUUUGUGCACUAAAACCAAACUUCAUUUCUUUUUAUUUUGAGUAUUGCAUGCUGCAGAUCAUCCCACUUGUUUUGAAUUUGGGACAUUUUUACAGGCUGAUUUGGCUUUUCUUUUCAUGGUUUGUCACCAUAAAUUGUUUGCUUGAAAAUAAACACUUUCUGUUUUAUGGUUA